AUGAUGAGGAUUAUAGUCAUCGUGCCCCCCAUCCACCGGGUUACUCGUGACCCAUGGAAGAAGUUCACGGGAAACGAGCACGGGCUAACGUACUCUUGGAAGUGCCUCGUCGUCUCCGGCAUUGACGACGACCUUCUACAUACAAUCGGCGUCUCACAAAGUGUUGUGACCGACAGCUACGACGACGGAGCUGACGGUUCUUCCAGCGAAGACGGAGACAAUGAUCCCGGCGAGGAAGACGUAGAGGAGGACGAAGAGGACGGCGCCGCCGGAAACACGAACACUGGUAGCAGGGCUAGCGGCGGCCGCAGCCAUUUCGACAAUAAUUUUGAGGAUCGCUACAGUCACCCCGUAGAGGACGAAAGGUAUUCGUCUGACGAUGGGGGAUCGAAAGCUCAAAAAAAUGGCGGCGGCGGUGGCGGCACCACCAGCACCAGCACCAGCACCAGCAAAAGUCCUACAGGCGGAGGCGGUGCUGGGCAACAGAGGCGGCGGACGUAGAAACGACCCACAAUGACCUCGACCACUUUGAUGCACUGGUUGUCGUUUUGCGUACAUGGUGUGAGGCCGUGUGUAACUCCCGAACAGUCAUUUCUAUGUCAAACGACUUCCCCGGCUUCAUCCACGGCGUUGCACAAGUUCUACCUGCCAAUAAGACGAUGGGCUUUCAAACUUGGGGAUACCCUCCCUACACCGGGUGCUUCCCCCUGAUGGGGCUCUUGUGCUU